CUCUGGACCGUUGAUAGGAUCAACUAUCUCAAGCGACCUCCACAAAAACCCUAAUUCCCAAUCUUAUAUCAAGCAGCCUCUCACGCUCUGUCAAGCUUCUCUGAGCAGCGAAACCUACCAGCACUCCCAAAGACCUCAGGCGGCGGCGAUCCAAAAAAAGAUGGGUGAAGAGGAAGUCAAGGGAGGAACGGUGGUUCCGGAGUCGGUAUUGAAGAAGCAGAAAAGGAAUGAGGAAUGGGCUCUGGCAAAGAAGCAAGAUCUCGAAGCUGCGAAGAAAAAAAGAGUUGAAAGCCGUAAGCUGAUUUACUGCAGAGCUAAACUCUAUGCAAAGGAAUAUGAUGAGCAGCAAAAAGAGCUUAUUCGAUUGAAGCGUGAGGCAAAACUUAAGGGAGGGUUUUAUGUUGACCCACAAGCUAAGCUCUUGUUCAUUAUCAGGAUCCGUGGUAUCAAUGCGAUGCACCCAAAGACCAGGAAGAUUUUGCAGCUUCUGCGUUUGAGACAGAUAUUCAAUGGUGUCUUUCUGAAAGUAAACAAAGCAACAGUGAAUAUGCUGCACAGAGUUGAGCCUUAUGUGACCUACGGGUAUCCGAAUUUGAAGAGUGUCAAAGAAUUGAUUUACAAAAGGGGAUAUGGAAAACUCAACAAGCAGAGAAUUGCGCUGACUGAUAAUUCCAUCGUUGAACAGGCUUUGGGUAAGCAAGGAAUCAUUUGCACUGAAGAUCUUAUCCACGAGAUUAUGACGGUUGGACCCCACUUCAAGGAGGCAAACAAUUUCUUAUGGCCAUUCAAGCUUAAGGCACCUCUGGGUGGUUUGAAGAAGAAGAGAAAUCACUAUGUUGAAGGAGGUGAUGCCGGAAACCGUGAAGAUUACAUCAAUGAGCUCAUCCGGAGGAUGAAUUAGGUCCAUGCUGCAGGAUAUCAUCCUCUCAAAAUUUUGAGGUUCUACCUACUUAUAAAAAAAAAAUUGAGUUUCUUGCUGCUAUGUUUUUUGUUCAACGAAUUUAUCAGACUUAAGUUCCCUCUCUUUAGCCAACCAGACAGGACUGUGUCCUCAAAGCCACAUUACAGUUUGUUAGUUUUGACGUGCAUGGGUUUCGGAUUUAGUUUCUAUUGAUAAUUUACAUUGGUUUCCUCUAUAUAUAUAUUUGGGAAAAAUCUUUUUG